AUGGUUUCUGCAACUCUGGUUCACACAUUAGGCUUCCUCUGCCUCACAUCUGCCUUCGUCAUCCCAUCUCGCGAUGGCUUUCCUGAUCCCAACUCCCAGCAGCUUCUAGAUAUUGAGACAAAGGCGGAUGGUCUUCUUUCGAACGAACCACCUCCGCCAACGUUAAGCGAUGCUGGAAUCGCCAACUUUCAGCUCAUUGCUUUCAAUGAGAACUUCGAAGUCGCAUUUUUCUCGUCUCUCAUUGAGAAUAUUACGAACAAUGUCCCUGGCUAUGAAAGAGCACCGGGGUUGAAGGACACUGAUUCCUUGCUUGAAAUUCUGAAGACAGUUAAAGCUCAAGAAGAACUUCAUGCCAUUACUGCUAUCCAGACCUUGGAACACUUCAACGCCACCCUGGUGCCUGAGCCUUGCACAUACACAUUUCCUUCUAGCGACCUGGAAUCAGCACUCUCCUUGGCCGAGACUUUCACAGCCGUAGUGCUAGGCACGCUUGCGGAUGCCGAGAAGUCGUUUGCUGAGAACAAUGAUGCCGGCGACGUGAUCAGGGCGAUCGCAUCCGUAAUUGGUCAAGAAGGAGAGCAGAAUGGUUUCUACCGCUUCCUGUUGGACCGAAAGCCAUCAGAGAGGCCGUUCCUAACGACCAGCACGGGUCCUUUUGCCUUCUCGGCUCUGCAACAGUUUGUCGUCUCAUGCCCCUUCAACGUAUCUGAUAUUCCGAUCCCCAUCUUCACUCCCCUCAACGUGGUGACCACACCCGAGGCAAGAGACAUGACACUCACUUUCUCGGCGGAUCUGAGUGGUACCGGGUAUGCCCAGAACGGUACCUCUAAUGGCGACCUGUUCAUCACAUAUCUAGUUGGCCAGCAGGUCCCCAUUACUGAGCCUAUCAGCAAUGUCAACUACGAUGGGAGCGUCAUCACUUUCGAUGCCCUCUUCCCAUUUUCGGAGAACAUUAUGGAGGGCCUUAGCAUUGCCGCUCUAACCAACUCUUCCAACUUCGAGGAUGCUGAUGAUGUGCCUGCGAACACCAUCGCAGCACCAGGACUGAUUCAGGUCAAUGACCUGCUGGCAAGGCGCGGCCGCGAUCAAUGA